CAGCACACCACCCUCUCACUCAACUCUCAUUUCUAGACUCUCUCUCUCUCUCUCUCAACAGUUUCUCUCUCUAAAGAUCUUCACCGAAAGUUUGGGAAAUUUCUAUCAGAUCUUCAAUUCUCAUCUUUGGCUUUCUGUUCUGUUGGAGUUUUAUCAGAUUAUUACACUUAUCGAUUAGGUCCCCUUUCUUGUUUUUUUCCUUUUAACGAGUUCAUUGCCAUUGGAGUCCAUUUAUGAUACUCAUUUGGGAAUAGAGAAGGAUAGCAACAUGCCGUGGGCUUCUUCUUUUGUGAAUUAUAGCAGAAACUGUGUUCGUUUGGUGGUCUUCUUUCGUGUUAUACUGUAAUUUAGUUUGCGUUGGCAAAUCCUCUUUUAUUUUUGAAGCAACAACUGUAUUAGCUCUGGUUUUAAUUUAAAAGCAGUUUGAGGAGUGAGAAUGUACAUUGCCGUAACCAUAAAGAGGUAUCGAGCUGUGAAGGAAGUAGGGAAGAUUAAAAUGAGCGUUGGGAUUACUACAUAUUACCAAGUGAUGCAAGUUUGUCAGGCUGAAUAUUUCCGACAAUUGCUUAAGCCUGUUACGUAGUCUGGCAAUACAAAGUUCUCUGGGAUUAGGUUUUUUGGGACGGAUUGCUCUCUAGUUGUGUUUAUACAAAAGAAGGCAAUGAUAAUGGUAAACUGUUUGAUUCGGUAGUUGUUCGUUUAGAAUAGACAGAUUGUUAUGCAGGAUGGCAAUACAUUGAUUUGCUAGAAAGUCUUUUUGUCAGUUUAGGAACCUUCUUCUAAUUGAAAGCCAAAUAAUUGCCAAAACAAAGCCAAAAAAACAUCAUUUCUUGAACUUUUUGAUUGAAGGCAGGCUUCUGAUGCAGAGUGACCAACAUUUUCGUCGUAAAAAAGCAGUGCCCCACUUUGCUAAUCAAAGGGGUAAUAAUUAUAUGCAUGUUCCAGUUGCAUCAUCCUUCCCUGCAGCUCCACCUCCAGCUGCUAAGCAUUUGAUGCCUGUUCAUGGCAUUGAAUUUCAACCUUCUGAAGUUUGCCCAAAGAAUUUCAUUAUUUUCGAUCAGACUGAUCAUCGAAGCCAAAUUAUGUUCCAUCCUACAGUUGCCCACAGAUUCAAUGGUCCCGGCUUGAAUAUGCAUGCAAGCUACUUUCAAGAGAAUUAUGAGAGAGAAGCAGUUGAUGAUACUGGAAGAGAGAUGUCUUCUCUGAAAGAGGAUUCAGAUGAUAUAGAUGCAUUAUUGAGCUUGGAAGAGGAGGAACAAGAUGAAUGUGAUGAGGAAGAAGUCAGCACUGCACGAACUUAUGGAAAUUAUGGGAGUAGCUCCCCUGAUUCUUGCUCGACCUAUGGUUCUAAACCAAGGAAAACUGGAUCUUCUUCUGUUCAGAAAUCUCCUGGCAGUGGUAGCAGCUGUAGCACUGAAAGGAAAAGGCAGAAAAUGAAGAAGAUGGUGAAAGCACUGAGAGGAAUAGUACCUGGCGGUGACCAAAUGAAUACUGUUACUGUUCUUGAUGAAGCUGUUAGGUAUCUCAAGUCUCUCAAAGUUGAGGUACAGAAGAUUGGAGUUGGGAAUCUCAAGAACUAAACUAAAUCUGGUAGUUAACUCUAUUUUCUAAGAUAGAGGUAAUCAUGAAGCAAUUAAGUUUCCCCUUGCUCUUUGCUGGAUGUUAUUAGUAGAAUAAUGAUGGCAGCUAUUCGGCACUUGUGCUUGCAUUAAAGAUUCCAAUUAUAUAUCGAUUGCUGCGAACUGAGAUAUUAGUCCCAGAUAUGUGUUAAAUAUCUCUGUAAACUCUGUUUCCAUGUAUUCUGUAUUUAAGGGUGGCUUUGUAGUUGAGUAUGCAAUACUCUCUUGUACUUGCAGGUGUCUGUUGGGCUUGUUUGUACUACUUCUUAGAUGCUGUGUUGUAUUGUACUCAAUAAAUCUAUUAAACUCUUCCUUUUGUC